AUUUUUUUUUGUUUAUCCGCCAACUGUUUGUGUUUCGUGGAUGGGAGUUUUCAACUAAAUUUUUGUUCGUGAUUUAUUAUGUGACUGCCCAAAGUAAAAUGCUGGAUUUUCGUCGAAAAUACAUCUUUACGUUGCUAGCCAUAGCAACAGCUUUCUUCCUCCUUUAUUCUUUCCUUAAAAAUACCCUUAAAUGUGAUCCCGUGAUUGCCACCUCUUCAGCUGAAGUAUUUAGUUCAAGUGGCGGUAAAGUUAUCUAUGCUAUAACACCGACCUAUUACCGGCCUGUCCAGAAGGCUGAGCUCACCAGAAUUGCUCAAACGCUUAUGCUUGUGCCAUUUGUCCAUUGGAUCCUUAUUGAGGAUGCCGCUGAAACGUCAACACUUGUCCGUAAUGUCCUCAAUCGCACAGGAUUGACUUCAAGGAGUACCCAAUUGAAUGCCAAAACCCCAUCGAAUUUCAAAUUGGGUCGCAAUGAUCCAAACUGGAGUAAGCCACGUGGUGUAGAGCAACGAAAUACUGCUCUUGCGUGGCUCCGGCAGCACUACCGGGAUCAUCCACGGCAACCAGGUGUUGUCUUCUUCAUGGACGACGAUAACAUCUACAGCAUUGAGCUAUUUCAUGAAAUGCAAAAGAUCUCCGAUAGCCGUGUUGGGGUUUGGCCGGUUGGGCUUGUUGGUGGUCUAAUGGUUGAGAAGCCCAUCGUAGAUGAAACUGGUACCCAUGUGGUGGGCUUCAACAGUCUAUGGCGCCCUGAAAGACAAUUCCCCAUUGAUAUGGCGGGCUUUGGAAUUAGUUUGGAUCUCAUCUUGGACAAUCCUGAUGCUGCAUUCAGCUAUGACGUGGAACGGGGGUACCAGGAAACAGCAAUCCUACGGCAUGUAACAACAGUGGAUAAACUACAGCCACUUGCCAAUAAAUGCCGCGACGUACUGGUGUGGCAUACCCGCACAGAAGCCACAAAGCUCGAUGGUGAGAAAUAUCUCAAGAAAUCCGGUGCAAAACCAUCAGAUUUUGGAAUGGAAGUGUGAUCAAUCGUGACAUAUUUUCUUCUAUUCAACACUGCUGUGAGAUUUCUUGAAAAAAUAAUCCUUAUUGCCAGUCUACCCAGUUUCUUUUAUAAUGCAAAGGUGACAAAGAAUGUGAAGUAUUCUUGCAACCAAACUGAUCUAUUAGGAAAAUCAAAGUUAACUGAAGUAUUUAAAAUUAGAUUUACUAUAUGAUUAAUGUUGUAUUGUAGAUUACAAAUAAAAAAAGGAAUCAAUGAAAAAAA